AUGAUCCUCUCUGGCACUUGUUGCCCACGCUCAUACCCAUCAGCGAACCAGAAGCGCCCACCUGCCGGUGCCAAAGCGCGCCUAGGCGGCUACCACCUUAUCGACCACAUUGGCGAUCCAAAUGGUGCUGAAGGGUUGGAGCUCGAAGAUGAUCCUGGGCAGCCAUUAUGCAACUUUGGUGCCGAUGAGUCCCAUAUUCCUGCAUCCACCGAGCAUCUGUCGCGUUCACCAUCUCCUCAGCUGCAUGAUGUAUCAAGUGUUGUGCCCGUUGUCGAGGCUCACAUUGAGCAUCUGCCUGAUGACCUGCAAGCACAGAAGCUGACAAAGGCUCGAACUGUACCUGCACGCAAUUGCACCUCCCCAGAGAAUGGCCCCUGCUAUCAUAUGCAAAUGCCUGAAGUCUUCACAGCGCAGCUAGCAGAAACAUCCAAACACGAGGAAGAACAGCGUCAGCGCCGUGCUGACGAGAUCGAGGUGCAGAAUCGUGCACGGUACCAUACAGUUGUGUAUUCCUGGGUAAAGGACAGUGGUCAGCCCAACAUGUUUGAGUUCCAGUCAGGCACACCGUCAUUUACUUGGCCUCACUUAUCACUAAACCAUCAAGUUAUAUCCCUGAUGGGACUAGCCGCUGCAAGGGUCGAUGAAGGGCCAGACUACCUUAUCACUGUCGUCGAAGGCCAACUGGUCCUCCUGAAGAACCCAAACGUAACUCAAUGUGUGGAUCUUGAUAGCUGUAUCCGAAGUAUCAACGACUCUCCACCUAACCUCCGCUCUCACUUGGCUGCCGAUCGUGCUGCAGUCCGUGAGGAGCUGUGUCAGCACCAUAACGUCUUACCUGCACCUAAUGAAGUUGUCUUCCAUGCUCAUUCUCGUUCUCAGCUGCAUCACACUCAGGACGAUGCCAAGAUGAGCGCCUCGCCAUCUGAGUUGGAGGUCGAGGCCUUGUUGCUGUCAAAGGGCAAGGGUAAAGCCAAACCUCUGUCGGAAGCUUCGCCUAGUCCUCCUCCUGCCAAGCCUCAUUCUGUUAUGCACUCAAAUAGAUCUGUUAUGCGGAGCCCUAAGAGGGGCGUCGUCCGCUAA